CUCAUCCUGGGCUCAUCACCCUGUUGACCUCUGCAGAAAAACUUUAAGGCCAUGGAUAAUUUUUCUGAUGAAGAAGUCUUUUCUGAUGACAGUGAUGACAGUCCAAAUCCUUUACGUGAUAUUGACCCUUGUAUGAUCCAUGAGAAUUUCUUCCAGCUGUUUGAAAAGAUCCCCAAGGCAUGUAAAAGGAGAAGAACUAUUCAUGAGGGUCCAGGUGUAACCUUGGAAACAAAACUUCAUUGUGCCGUUGCACACAAAGACGCAAGUGCUGUUCUUGCAAUAUCUACUAAUGAAAAGAGUCUCAUUGAUAUUAGAAACAAGGCUGGCAAGACAGCUUUGCACAUGGCUAUUGAGUCUUCCACUGCAGAGAUGGUUCAAAUUCUGCUUGAGGCAGGUGCCAAUGCCCGUGUGCAAGAUCAAAAUGGCUGGACUGCCCUCCAUUCUGCUGCUUGGGGGAAGGAGGAUAAACUUGAAAUCAUUAUCAAUCAUGAUGGUGUGAACAGUGUGCGAGAUGUAUAUGGCAGGACUGCCUUGCAUGUUGCAGCAAUAAAUGGACAUGAAGGUGUUCUGAAGAAACUACUGGCUGCAGCAUGUAAAGGUGGCAAUACCUACUCAUAUGCAGGUGAAGGUGGUAAUUCCUACAACUUGAAUCAAUAUGAAGGGUCUAGUGUGCAUGCCGGUGACAAUGCCUAUCUUGCCCUGUGUGAAAAGGAAAAUAAUUUUCUCAACGUACAAGAUCAUGAAGGAGAAACGGUUUUACACAUUGCUGCCAGAGGAUCUACAGAGAUGGUGAAAAUGCUACUUGAAGCAGGGGCAAGUGCCCGUUUAGAAGAUCGAAGCGGCUAUAUGCCAGUACACAUUGCAGUGAUCAACCAAAUGGAAAAGAAUGCCGAAGCCUUUUUUGAUCAUGACAAUGGAGACCUGCUACAGUCUAGGUACGGACUAACUUCCUUGCAUUAUGCUGCAAAACUUGGAUUUGAAAACAUUGUAAGGAUGCUCCUUUCAAGAGCCAAUGCAAGAGAGAGAGAGAAUGCAGAACUUGAUUGUGAUGAGGUAAAGCAUGAUUAUGUUACCGCUCUUGGUCUCUCAGCAGAAAACAGAAGGAAAAUCAUUGAUAUGCAGGACAAAAUGCAGUGGACUGCCUUGCACACUGCCGCCAAUUGGUCAUCUACCGAGAUUGUCAGAAUGCUGCUUACAGCAGGUGCAGAUACCCAUCAGAAGGAUAAAAAUGGCUAUACGCCUCUCCAUGUCAUUCGUUCAGGGAGCAUUGCCGAAAUCCUCUGUGAUCAUGACGGUGGAAAUUGUCUGUUGGAUAUAGUUGGACGAACCCCCUUGCACUAUGCCGUAAAAUACAGGCGGCAUGAGGUUGUAGAGAACUUGUUAUUUUCCGGUGUACAUCCUCAUGUGUUGGAUAAGAGGGGAACAGCGCCACUGGUGUUUGCUCUCUCAGGGGAAGACUGGAUAACUGUACAAAUGAUUAUCUCUGCGAUCAGCUUGAAGGAUAUUAAGGUUGAUUGGAACAAACUGCCGACUUAUCUACAGUUUAUAGAUUACUGUCAAAAACUAUUGGCAAAUUGCAAUACUGAACUCCAAAGGAUGAAAGAUACCAAGAUCCUGGGCCAUAUCUCCCUUUCUUAUUAUGAUGUCAUGAUGUGUCAUGUGAACAGGUUGGCAGUGUACCUGGAGAACAGUGACAUACAGAAUGCGUUAUCUGUUGAAAAUUUGAUGCCAAGUUUCCCUAACUACGCAAGAAUGAUUGCAUUCAAAGUUAGGAAAGCGGAGCGGAGAAGAAUACUGAAUGGUCAGUGUGUGCAGUGCUUCUCCAUGUUAUCCAGGCAAUUACCUUUUUUACCAAAAUAUACCGUUGACAACAUAUCUGUUUGUUUGAAUGAAAUAGAAAUGAGAAAUUUUGUCCGCGCUUUCAAAUGAGAAGCAUUGUCUUAAUGCUAUUAAAGUCGAUUGGUAUCAAAAGUAUCUGCCUGUGUAAAAUUUCUUUAAUUUAGAUAAAGAAAUAUUGUUUUUAUUCUGAAUGUAUUGUAAAUUUUAGCCCUGACCACUCUUUCUGUGAUUUAACUUUGGGAUUUGGAUGCUAUGAAUAUUUGACUGGAUUUCUAUUAUGUUCUGCCUAUUCCUCCAACAAACUAAAUUUUUGGUUCAGCCGAAUAUUUUAAUAUUCCGCAACCCAAAAAUAAAUGUAUAUUUUAAAUACUGGACAAUUGAUAAACAAAUAUGGGUUUUGUUUAGACAAUGAAUGAAAGUUAUUCUUCAGAGCUCUAGUUGAAGAAAAAUAACUUGUGGAACUCACCUUUGGUUCGGGGAAACACUCCAAACAAAAAGGUAGUUGGAAACCAAUUUAUAUAAUUUUUGUAAUAAAAAACAAAUAUUUUGGGAAAUUUCAUUCUUCUGCAUUCUCAUAGUAAUAUUAAGAUUAAAUUAAGAGAACUUUGAUGUUAAACUUAGAUUUUGUUGCUUGUUAAUUUUGCUUAAAUUGACACAUCACAUUAAUUUUUCUGUGGCUAACUUAUUCAAAUAUGAUACAGCAACCGCAAAACUCAUAAUAUUAAGUGUUCAGUUCAGUAAUUAUGUAAGAAAAUUACUUUUUUUUUUUGCUGUAGAAAAAAAAAACCUUUCAAAUGUUUAAAAAAGUGAUCAGUAAUAAAGGAGACUGGGGAUAUUUGAUUCCUAGGGAUACAUGAUCCUAUUGCCAAAAAUGUACCAAAAUCAUUAAGUAGCGAUUUGAAACCUGACAAUAAUAUUAAAGUUAUACUUGUAUAUAAAAAUUGGCAACAUUGUUUUUUUCAGCCAUUUUGUUUCAGCUCAAGAAGUGAUUGUCUGAAUGUGUCAAGAGAAACUUUUUUUAGGAAAGCAUUCCGAAGUUUACAUUAUCCGUGAAAUACGACUUUAAAAAAAUUCUGAAGUGUAAUGUUAAAGUAUA